AUGGACCGGGCGGCGCUCACCGUGGGGCCGGGGAUGGACAUGCCCAUAAUGCACGACGGCGACCGCUACGAGCUCGUCCGCGACAUCGGCUCCGGCAACUUCGGCGUCGCGCGCCUCAUGCGCAACCGCGCCGACGGCCAGCUCGUCGCCGUCAAGUACAUCGAGCGAGGCGAGAAGAUUGACGAGAACGUGCAGCGGGAGAUCAUCAACCACCGCUCCCUGCGCCACCCCAACAUCAUCCGCUUCAAGGAGGUCAUCCUCACCCCGACGCACCUCGCCAUCGUCAUGGAGUACGCCUCCGGCGGGGAGCUCUUCGAGCGCAUCUGCAACGCCGGCAGAUUCAGCGAGGACGAGGCGCGUUUCUUUUUCCAGCAACUCAUAUCAGGGGUCAGCUACUGCCACUCCAUGCAAGUAUGCCAUCGUGACUUGAAGCUAGAGAACACCCUGUUGGACGGGAGCACCGCGCCUCGCCUCAAGAUAUGUGAUUUCGGCUACUCAAAGUCAUCAGUUCUACACUCUCAGCCCAAAUCUACAGUGGGAACUCCUGCAUACAUUGCUCCUGAGGUUCUUCUGAAGAAGGAAUACGAUGGAAAGGUUGCUGAUGUGUGGUCAUGCGGAGUGACCCUUUAUGUGAUGCUGGUUGGUGCAUAUCCAUUUGAGGACCCAGAUGAACCUAAGAAUUUCAGGAAGACAAUUCAGAGAAUAUUGGGUGUGCAGUACUCAAUUCCAGACUAUGUCCACAUAUCUCCAGAAUGCCAAGAUCUUAUUUCUAGGAUUUUUGUCGCUAACCCAGCCACUAGGAUCACCAUCCCAGAGAUAAGAAACCAUCCUUGGUUCUUGAAGAACCUCUCAGCUGACCUAAUGGAUGACAGCACAAUGAACAAGCAGUAUGAGGAGCCCGAACAACCGAUGCAGAGCAUGGAUGAGAUCAUGCAGAUCCUGGCUGAGGCGACCAUUCCAGCAGCUGGUUCCCGUGGGCUCAACCAGCUCCUGAACGAUGGCCUUGACCUCGACGAUGACAUGGAGGACCUAGACUCAGAUGCCGAUCUUGACCUGGAAAGCAGUGGGGAGAUCGUUUAUGCUAUGUGA